GUUAAGGUAAGUUAAUAUUUAUAAAUGAGAAGUGUAGUGAUAAAGAAAUUAGUACGAAAUAAAAGUGCGCCGCGUCCUUUUGGUAUAAUAUUAAAAUCGAUCAAUUUCCGGUGUCACAGCCGGUCGAGUUAUUCAAAACAAAAGCUGCCACAAUACAUUCCAAAUUAAGACUGAGUAACAUUUUUUUAACAAAAAGUGGAUAACCAUGGCGUGGCGUUUCAAAGCGUCUAAGUAUAAAAAUGCGGCGCCGAUCGUGCCGAAGCCCGAAGCUUGUAUCAGAGACAUUUGCGUGGGAUCCUACCAGACAUAUGGCAAUAAUAUAUGUGCGUCGGCUGCUUUCAUGGCGUUCAAUUGGGAGCAUGUCGGGUCCAGCAUGGCAGUCCUACCACUAGAUGACUGUGGGAGGAAGAGUAAGACUAUGCCGCUGCUUCACGCGCACUCUGACACAAUCACGGAUAUGGAGUUCUCGCCAUUCCAUGAUGGCUUGUUACUGACCGGUUCACAGGAUUCAUUGGUAAAGGUGUGGCACAUACCGCCCGAGGGUCUGAAGGAGUCUCUGUCUACGGCGGAGUGCACGCUGUCUCAGAAGCAGAGGCGCGUGGAGAAUGUGGGCUUCCACCCGGUGGCGGACGGACUUAUCCACGUCGCGUCCGGACACGAGCUUGCCCUUUGGGACCUCACCAAGCAGAAGGAGGCUUUUGUAAACAAAGACCAUGGGGAGGUGAUCCAGUCAACGUCGUGGAAGAAGGACGGCAGACUGCUGGCGACGUCAUGCAAGGACAAGAAGGUGCGCAUACUGGACCCGCGCGCCGCCGCCGCCGUGCUCGACGUGGCCAACAGCCACCAGAACAUCAAGGACAGCAGGAUCGUGUGGCUCGGGGACCAGGACAGGAUACUUACCACCGGCUUCGACUCGGCUCGCCUGCGUCAGAUAAUGAUCCGCGACGUGCGCAAGCUGUCGCAGCCGCAGCGCACCCUGGAGCUGGACUGCUCCACCGGCGUGCUGAUGCCGCUGUUCGACCCUGACACCAACAUGCUGUUCCUGGCCGGCAAGGGCGACACCACCAUACUCUACAUGGAGCUCACUGACAGGGACCCUUACCUUAUUGAGGGGCUCAGGCAUUCUGGCGAGCAAACGAAAGGGGCUUGUCUGGUGCCGAAGAGGGCGCUGCGGGUGAUGGAAGGCGAGGUCAACAGGGUGCUGCAGCUGGCCGGCUCCACCGUCGUGCCCAUCAUGUACCAAGUGCCCAGGAAGAGCUACCGCGAGUACCACGCGGAUUUGUACCCGGACACGAGCGGCUCUGUGACGUACCUCAGCGCGCCGAUGUGGCUCGACAACCAGGACCACCCCGUGCCCAACAUAUCGCUGCACCCGUCCGCCAACAACUGCGUGCAGGUGCAUCGUGGGAACCUAGAAGAAGUAGUAAAGGCUAUUAUAGCGAUGCCACCGAUAAAAAAGAGCGAAACGAAAAAGCCGGUUUCACCAGCACACAUCGAAGAACCGAAGCCGGUAGUCAAGUCGCAGCCAACGCCCGAACCGAAAGACGAAGACCGAAUCGAUUUCGUCAACGUGAAAGACAUGAUCAAAGGCAUGGAGAGGCAAAAGAACAAAGAUCCUAAAGAGACAAACGGGUUCCACAAAAAGAUCACAGACAACGGGCACGAUUGUUCGGACAAGAAGCCAGAAGACUACGAAUGUGAUAAGCCUGAAAAUAACGAAAAUACAAACGAGAAGAGCGCAAAGACCAUUGAAAAAACAGACAGCACAGAGUCUACGGAGAGCUCUUUGUCCAGAAGUAACAGUUUGAUAAACGGUGUGCCGAUGCAGGCGCCGAAACCGCUUCCCAGGUCUUCGAUUUCGGAGCCAGGGUCCAUGGAGGAGCACUCGGAAGCGCCCAAGCCCAAACCAAGGACUACGUCGGUACAAUUAUCUGGCUAUAAGCCUCGCCUGGGCCCGAAGCCGUUCUCUGCGUCGGCCGGCAGCGACGACUUCUCCUUCGACAAGGUGUUCUCCGUGCCGGCCGUGCCUGGAGCCAAGUCCGACUCAGUGUCCUCGCCGUCAGCGCCAACAGCCACGACCCCAGUGACGUCGACCCCAAUCGGCAAGUCUGACGAGAAAGAGAAGUCACUAUCUCCCACCAGCGACAUGGACAUCGCGCCUAACAAAGAGGAAUACACAAAUGGCAAGUCGGACACUAGCCUGGAAGAGGAGGUGAACUCCUCCGACUCUGGGUACAGACCGAAGACGCCCAGCACAGUGGAACGACGCAAGAUGUUUGAGAACACAGACGGCAACCAGUCGAUAGCGGACCGGCGGCGCCUGUACGAGCUGCGCUCCGUCAGCGCGGCCGAGCACGCCGACGCGCCCGCCGCGCCGCCCUCCCCCGCGCCGCUCCGACGUCGCGACUCGCUGAAAUCUCGCAAGAGUCCAGACCGCGAAGAGAAACGCGCUUCUGUGCCGAACGUUACUACUAAAAGGACUUCUACUGUUUUUGGUAAAGUGUCCAAGUUCCGUCACUUGAAGGGAACGCCCGGCCACAAGUCGACGCACAUUGAGAACAUAAAGAAUAUUAGUCGCCAGAUAUCCGGCGAAUGUAACGGCUUUUACGCGAACGGCGUGCGUUGCGCGGUGCCGCUGUCGGGCGGCGGCGGGCGCGUGGGCGUGCUGGAGCUGCCGCGCGGCGCCUCGCCCGCCGCGCGCGCCGCGCCGCCGCACCCCGCCGGCACGCACCCCGCCGCGCUGCUGCACCCCGCGCCGCUGCAGGACUGGGCCUGGGACCCCGCCGACCCCGCGCGCCUCAUGGUCGCCUGCGACGACGGCGACGUGCGCGAGUGGAUCAUACCCGACGGCGGCCUCCAAGAAUCGACGAACGAGCCAGCCCGCAAGUUCUCGGCUCACCCCGACAAGAUAUACAUCAUCAGAUUUCACCCGACCGCGUCUGACUUACUCACCACCGCUGCCCACGACCUCACCAUCAAGAUCUGGGACCUGAGCCCCGAGGAGCCUAAAGCUGAGAUCACACUGACCGGCCACACGGAUCAGAUAUUCGCGUUGGAUUGGUCGCCGUGUGGAGAGUACUUGGCUACUGUUUGCAAGGAUGGAUUGAUUAGGGUGUACAAGCCGCGCUCGUCGCCCGCGCCGGUGGAGGCGGGCCCGGGGCCGGCCGGCAGCCGCGGCGCGCGCGUGGUGUGGGCGCUCAACGGCACGCACCUCGUCGUCACCGGCUUCGACAAGGUGUCAGAGCGUCAGAUCUUGUUGUACAAAGUGGGCUCUCUGUCGGCGCCGCUGUGCACGGUGGGGCUCGACGUGUCGCCCGCCAUCUUGCACACGCACAUCGACCACGACUCCGCCACCAUAUUCCUCACGGGACGGGGCGACUCCACGAUCUACUGCUACGAGGUGACGUGCGAGCCGCCGUACCUGUGCGCGCUGUCGCACCACCGCUGCGCGUCGCUGCACCAGGGCAUCGCCUUCCUGCAGAAGAACCUCGUCGCUGUCGAAAAGGUGGAGUUCGCUCGCGCGUUGCGUCUCACGAACGGCAACAUCGAGCCCCUUUCGUUCACCGUGCCUAGGAUAAAGAGCGAGUUGUUCCAAGACGACCUGUUCCCGCCGACGCUGGUGACGUGGGAGGCGUGGCAGAGCGGCCGCGAGUGGCUCGCGGGGCUGCACACGCCGCCCAAGCUAGUCAGCCUGCAGCCGCCCGGCAUGGAGUCGUUGUCGUCGCAGUCCGGUUCGUCGCCGAGCUCCCGCGAUCCGCCGCCGAAGCCGGCUGCGCAGAAGCCCAAGCCGGAUCUCAUCAAAUCGCACGUGCCCAUGGACGCCAAGGAGAAACAGGAAAGCAUCAUGAAGUCGCUGUGCGCGAAGGUGCAAGUGAACAUGAAGCUAGAGCAGGACAGCAUGGAGGGCGUGGACGAGGCCGAGUGGGACCAGUGAGCCUGGCAAGUGCAAUUCAUACGCUUAGUUACUAGAGGCUCGCAGGCGACACAGUCCGCGAACGUUCGCGUUACGUUUGCGUUCGUACGUUACGCACCGACUUGCGGGUUUGAAUGACGUCAGUAACGUUAACGCAAAUGUAAAGUAAACGCAUCAGUCCCAUAGCUCCCCUUGUAUCUACACAUCUAUAUUAAGACUGUAAUACAGACGUAUCCCUUUCAUUUUGUAUAAUUUUUAAUAUCUUUGCGUCAUUAUACACUUGUCCAUUUAGUAGUAAGAUGGCUUAUGAAGAUUUUUUGACAUGUUCUGACCCAUAUCGGCUUAGAUACGGUCGAUGUGACCAAAUUCACUAGUGCACCUCUAUUUUAUCUCUAAAGGGUAUUGGUUCUCAUACAAGAGCAAUCGAUUGACGACUCUAUAGUUUUUAUAAGAAGAAUCAUUAUGGCAUUAGAUUAUGUCACUGUAUUACUUUACAGUAUUUGAGAUUUUUUCUCACAUGUUUUUCAUCUCUAAAAUUAUAAGGAUUGUCAAAGUAUUAAUUUUUUGGACACACAACAUAUUUAUGUUUAGAUUAGAAAGACGGUUUUGGAUAAUUAAUAAAUAGUAGACGAUUUAGACUUCUUUGGAUCUCUGUAUGUAUGACGAUUGCUCGUGUAUGUGGAACACAUACACCAGAUUAAACAAUAGUAUCAGCCAUGUACCCUCUUAUGAGAAUGUAAAAUUAUACCCGCCAUUGCGCGACGGAUUCCCAAAAUAUUUUAUAGAAUUUUUUUCCCCCGUUGUAUGUAUGGAUUUUACAUUUUAAACACUUAGUAAUACCUGUAGGGUAGAGUAAUUUAGUAAUUUAGGCUAAUUGUAACAACAGCACCCAAAGUUCCAAAUUUUCAUACGAAUCGGAAAAAAUAUCGAUAUUUUUUUAUCGACAAUUGUAACACUUUUGAUUACAUAAUGUAAUGUAUUUAUUGGCGACGUUAAACUGUUUUCAAAUUAGUAUUUAGAGAACCCCAACUGAAGUUCAUGAAAGAAUUGUUUUUUAAAACAUCGAUAAAAAUUUACAAUGAAAAAAAAAAUUACUUUGUUCAAUAUAAUUGUAUGUUAUAUUCAAAACAGAUCGGCAAAUGGCAAGAAAAUAUCUCAAAAAUGUCUCUAAAAUUUUACUAAUUUGAAAAUAGUUUAAAAUAUCGUGAUCUCAUUGACAUCCGACCUAAAUCGUAUCCUGUGACCAACAAUGACACUUGCUCACUUUAAAUGCUCACUUUAUGUACGCAUUUUGUUUCCAUUUGAGUUGUUUUGGGUGGAGCUUGACAUGUUUGUAUUAAAUAUUGAAAUGUGUUUUGUCAAAAUGAAAAAAACAUCUUCCAGAACAUUCCAAUAUUAUUAUACAAUCCGGUCUAAAUCUACCAGAAAAAAAUAUAUUUUUUAAACUAAAAUUUGUUAUAUUUCUGCUGCUGCUGAAAUGUGUUAUAUUUCUGCUUGACACCUAAUAGAGGAUGCGUGAUGUUAUGUUCAUGUGAAGACAACAAACUUUCAUAUGGUAAAGAUUAUAUAAUGUCAAGUUUUCACCACCCAAAACAUCUCAGUCCGUCGACAUUCCUACAUUUGCCAUAACAAGAUGCAUUUAUUUACAAUAAGUAAUAUACUUAUGUACUGUACCUGUAUAAGGAGACAUAGGGUACCCAUAUGUUAGGGAAUUGAUAGAAACUUAUUUUAUGCAUAACUCUUUUGUACUUACUGUCAUACAACCGUUUUCAAUAAACGAUCUAAAUCUCAAUUUUCAAUCCGAUUUCAAAAUAACUCAUUUGUAAGUUUGUCAAAAAAGCUUUGCUCUGAUUGGUAAAUUUUGGAGAAAGAUCGAAAAGAAGAUUGUGAGAUCGUUUGUUGAAAAUGGCGGUUAGUUUAAAAUAUAUUAUUGCGUUUAUUUCGAAUGGCAAUUCUCCUUUAUUAUAUUAAACACUAAAAUACAGAACAUUUUUACUUAAUUUGGAAUUGUUAAGGUUAUACAGUAUUUAUUUAUUUUUCAUGAGAUUAUGUAAAACUAGUAAAUAUGAUGUCGGUACGAAAGAGUUAACGUAAAAUACAAGACUGUCGCGGCAUUCGUUGCGAAUGUAAUGAAACAUGGAAAAUGUAGAAAGGUGAAUUUUAAUAAAUGUGAAGGUACAGUUCACAAUACAACCACUGCGACAAAUCGCAGUACCUGAUAUAUUUUUCUAGGUAAAGUCCUUAUUUUAUCGUAGUAAGGUAAUAUUCCACACGAACUGGCCUGGAGACACUAUAAUCGUGUUGCGUGUCGGUUUGAUUCUAUUCGUCAAUGGUUUCGCGACAGUCUUAAUCUGGUGGUAGUUUCGCAAAAUGUUCCAAUCCACAAUAUUUUCUAUGGAUUAAAAUAUAUAGUUAACUAUCCGUCGGUAUAAAACGGCUAUUUAUUGAUGAAUAACUAGGGUCCGUAGCCAAGCCGCCGUUCUACAAUCGUUCUCGCUAAUAGAUUUUUUUUUUAUUCGGACAAGGCAAAGUGUCGCCACUGCAUCUGAUGCCCCUCGGCAGUCGACACAAUUAUGCCGGCCUGUUGGAACCCGAUAUACACAGGCUGAUCCCGGAACGCGACACACUUACGUGUUACUGCGUCGGGUUUUAACACCUUGUGUACGGUGGUCGCUAUCUGGGCCGAUAUAAAAUAUAUCUAGCAAAUUUAUGGGAAUAUGUCGUGUGAAAAACUUAUCGUUCAAAAAUGUCAUUCGUAUAUAUUUUGAUGUUUUCUAUAAGCGUAAACGAUUGUAGAUUGUGUCUUCGCUACAACUCUUCAUCUAUCUUUGAAAGUUGUCCCUAGAAAGAAAUAAAUUAUCAAUAAAUGUUUUUUUUAUGACCCACUCAGGUUGAUUGGUUACUUUUUGCAAAACUACGUUAAGUAUAUGUGUAAAAUUAAAAUAUAUAAUUCGUCUAGUACCGCUAGUUGAUGCCAUAUUCACUCGUCACAUUUUGCUCAACACGCCAAAGAGUAAUGUUUUCUUGUCAAAUUAUGAAUUUAUUUUGUGUAUUUGAAAAUUAAAUAGUUUUUUUUUUUCUAAAAAUCUAAUGACUUACGACACCUCUCUGUCGCUUUUGCUUUUUCGGUUGGGAGCGUAUGUUACUUCUGUCUGUUACACGCAAUAACAUAUGUAUGGAAGAGAGAGACAGAAUGUUUUAGUAUUACCUUCCUUUAUGCACUGAACCCACGAGUUCCCAACCUUUUUAAUUAUGAUGGAAAAAUUAAAUUCUUUGUAAAAAUGGUGUAGUAUUAAAAUAGAAUCUCAUUAAAUUAAUUUAAAUACUAAACAAUGAACUAAUAAUUUAAAAUUUAUUUAUAAAUUUCAUUAUUAUUCGAAUGUAUUCUUGCAUCAGUGGGCCUAUGUAUGAACUUCGUUCUUCCGUCUCUCUCACACGCGAUGUGUGCGAGCAGUACGGCAACACAAGAAGUUGCAUUCUAAAGCUUUCGUAUUACUUAAAUAUAGACGUAAUUCAAUUCGCUAGUCAAAAAGUUAAUUCUUUGAAAUUCUUAUAACAAUUUCUAAAAACUUAUGAAUAAGGUUUUCUUUGUAUUUGUUUAUUUUUGUUUUAAUCUGUAUGUCUUUGUGAUUUGACAUUUUGUAAUAUCCAUAAUAAGUUACAUUAAUGAGUUAUAAAAACCAAUAGAAAAUACAAAAUAACGGAUACCUUUUCAUUAAAUAAGAAAUGUUGAUUACUAAUUGUGUAUCCUUAUAAAAUAUUAAAAAUAAUCCCUCAUCAAUUAGCUUCUUUAAAUGUUAAAUCACACAGACAGACAGACAGAUAUAGUGUUAAUCAAUAGUGCACAUAUAUUCAUAUCAUAUAACAGUUAUAAGGUUUGUAAAUCACCGUAUAAAGAAUUGUAAGAACGCACCUUCGGUAUAUAAUAGUGUACUAAAUAAUCCUACAGCACAAUAGAAAAGCAGGAGAAUGUACUAUAUGACGGCUGCGGUCAGGCUGACAGCGGGCCAUUGAGCGUAGCGGUAGCGGAAGCGAUUAUUAUACAUAAUAUCUGGAAUAAAGAAUGGUGCAAGUUCGGUGCAUUUUUUCAACAAUAAAUAAUAUUCAUUUAAAUAAUACUUUUUGGUAGUUGUCCAAGCUAUUACAUUGAUACAAAAGCCAGUAUUCACGCUAUCCGCUUCCGCUUAGCAAAUCGCGUUACCGCUGUCACUCGCGCCGCAGUUUAUUUUUUUAUGAUAUUCACACAAAUAAAAGAAGACUUGGCUUUAUUAAAAACAUGCACAACGUUAUUUUAAUCCUUUCGGCUUUCUAAAUGAAAUCAUUUCCGUACCAAAGUUGUGAAAUGACAAUAAUGAUUUCUCGAUGUGAAACAUUCCCGAGUUGUUUUUAUUUGGUCACAUGUAUUUGCUACAAAAUUGGGUAACCCAGUGCCAAUGUUUUCAGAUUCAUUUGUGAGACAAAAUUAUUAUUGCUUUUUGUUAAUCUGUCUUUAUUGAAUAAUAUUUGGUGAAGUUAUGUGGAGAAAUUGAGAUGAUCUUACAAGUUUAGAAUAUUUAAUGAGUAAAAUUGUAUAAGGAGAAUUGGAAUCAGAAAUGGGUAAUUUCUUUAUAGAAUAUCAAAGAAAUACAGUGGAUUAAAACUUUACUGCAGGAAAUAAGACUACAUUUAUAAAUAAAUAUUAGAAUAGCAAUAUUUUUCAGUAAAAUUUCAUAUUUGUAUAUGAUCUCAAAUAUGUAGUCAUUUUUUAAAUCAACAAAUGAUCUCAGAUAAUGUAAUAUUUUUACUGAUAUUUGCAGAAUGAGAUGUUUCUGGGUGAUAUGAAGAGGGGUGCAUUCCCAGUACUGACUGGCAUUGAUACUACGUUGUACAUUAGCGUCAUACUCGUUGUCAUUCAGUGAACAAACUAUGACGCUAACCUAAAUUUUCAUCAAAGUAUUGUUCAGUAUAAGACAGGUGCAUCAUGUAAUGUAUUGUAUAAUAUGUCACACAUACCCGAUGUCGUGUGAGUGCGUGUUUGUAUUUUUGGAUGUUGAAGCCAACAGAUAUCCCUAGUGUUAAGACUCAAUAUUUGGAGAUAUUUUUAUUAUUUUGCAUUUUUUUAUUAAACUCUUGCUAAAUUU